AACAUCUCAGCGAUUAACGAAACUCGAAGGUAAAACAUUAUUUGACGUCUUUCUUAGUUGGGCAAUGUGUAAUAUUUUAAUAUCAAUAUUUAAUUUUAUGUUUAGAAUUAGUACAUAGUUUAACAUUAGAAAUGGUUAAAAUAAAUAAUGCUUCUCAUUAUGAUGAAAAAAAAGGCAAAAAAAAAUCUAAAGGAAAAAAAGGUUAUAAAAUAUUUGAUUUAAACUCGCAAAGAAUAAUGAAACUUGAAGAUGAUUUUCAAUUUAUAAAAUCGGAAUUAAUGGAGCUGAAGGAAUCUUUUAAUAGUUAUGUAAUAAAGAAUGAAACAAAAAGCCAUAUUCCACCACCACCACCGCCGCCGCCACCACCACCACCUUUUCCAUUCAUAGCACCAAUGCCUCCAUUAAUUUUUAAACAUAAAGGUAAUGGUGAUGAUGUAAGACUAGAAAAGGAUACCGAGACCAAAAUUAAAAAAAUAUUAAAGCCAGGAAAUAUGCACAAUGCAGAUUUAAUAAGAGAAUUAAAAAACGGUGUGACAUUAAAAAAAGUUAAACGUUUAGAAAUAAAAAAGCCUCAAGAGGAAGACAGUGAGCUCGCCAAAAUAUUUUCUAAAAGAAGGAUUAAAGAUACCGACCAGCUAUAAAUAAUGCC